AUGGGGUUCAAUGAGAGUGAUGUACCCUUUUCCCAUCUAUUGACAUAUCCCAAGCAUUCUGUCAAGUUGUAUUGUACUCUUAUCUACUUAAAAGUGGACACUGAUUCAGGAAUCCGAAAGCCAGUGACUUUGUUUCCACGUGAUGCUGCUGAUCAAGAGGCCACACACCGAGUAUCAAAGGAUCAGGACUUACAGAAUGGAACCAACACAGAUCAGUACAGAAAUCUCUGGAGGAAAUUCAGACAAUGGGUUAUCCUGGACACUAUAGGGUACGACCCCAUCAUCUCUGCAGAGGUAUCUUCCUCCUUCGGAGUUCAGCAGCUGCCACUGGAAGAGAUCUGGCCUCUCUGUGACUUCAUCACAGUGCACACACCACUCCUGCCCUCAACAACAGGAUUGCUGAAUGACAGCACAUUUGCCCAGUGCAAGAAGGGGGUGCGUGUGGUGAACUGCGCUCGGGGAGGCAUCGUGGACGAAGGCGCCCUGCUCCGAGCCCUGCAGUCUGGUCAGUGUGCUGGGGCUGCACUGGACGUGUUUACUGAGGAACCACCACGAGACCGAGCCUUGGUGGACCAUGAGAAUGUCAUCAGCUGCCCUCACCUAGGUGCCAGUACCAAGGAGGCCCAGAGCCGCUGUGGGGAGGAAAUCGCUGUCCAGUUCGUCGACAUGGUGAAGGGGAAAUCGCUAGCAGGGGUCGAUCCUAGUGAGGAUUUCCCUAUCCCUAAAUGA